CAAUUACAGGUCCUGCCUUGCUGCAAGCGAUUUGUGCACGACUGGUCGGACUGUCCCUUCUCGCACCCGGGGGAGAAGGCGCGCAGGAGGGAUCCAAAAGUCCACCAGUACACUGGGAUCGCAUGCCCCGACAUGAAGAAGACUGGCUCGUGCCCAAGGGGAGACAGGUGCCCCUACGCCCACAAUGUCUUCGAGUACUGGCUGCACCCCACCAGGUACCGCAGCCAGCUCUGCAAUGACGGUCCCAAGUGCCGGCGCCGCGUGUGCUUCUUUGCGCACACCAUCGAUCAGCUGCGCGUACCUUCUUCCAAACCCAUCUCCUCCAGCGAUGCCCCCGACUUGCAGGUACCAGCAACAAACCCGCCAAACACCAGAGUAAUCUGA